AUGGCUGGCGGCGGGGAGCUGGAGCAGUGGCUCAAUAAAGCCACCGACCCGAGCACCCCUGAAGAAAACUGGGAAUGCAUCCAGCGCUUCUGUGACCAGGUGAACGCCGACGUAGAAAGCUCAUUGCUUGCGCCAAGGCUGCUGGCACAUAAGAUACAGUCGCCUCAGGAGGUGGAAGCUCUCCACGCUCUCACGGUGCUAGAGACCUGUGUGAAUAACUGCGGUGAAAGAUUUCACAAUGAAAUAGCAAAAUUCAGGUUUCUGAAUGAGCUGAUUAAAGUGCUCUCCCCAAAGUACUAUGGAACUUGGUCUUCAGAAAAAGUCAAGUCAAGAGUCACAGAAGUAAUAUUCAGUUGGACAGUCUGGUUUCCUCAGGAAGUUAAAAUCCGGGACGCUUAUCAGAUGCUGAAGAAACAAGGGAUUGUAAAAGAAGACCCCAAAUUGCCAGAAGACAAAAUUUUACCUCCCCCUUCUCCGAGACCUCAGAAUUCUAUAUUUGAAACAGAUGAAGAGAAAUCCAAGCUCCUGGCCAGGCUGCUGAGGAGCCGCCACGCAGAGGACCUGCAGGCUGCCAACCGCAUCCUCAAGAGCAUGAUGCCAGAGGAGCAAGAAAAGUCAGCUAGGGUGUCCCGAAGAGUGAACACCAUCAGUGAGGUUUCUGAGAAUGUGAAACGCAUGGAUGAAUUACUGGAAAACUACAAGAAACAAGAAUUACCCAAAUCUGAUCAGGAGACCCUACAGACCCUGUUUCAACACUGUGAGAAGCUCAGGCCGCUGCUCUUUCGCCUUGCCAGCGAGACGGUUGAUGACGACGAGGCUCUAGCUGAGAUACUGCAGGCCAACGACAAGCUCGUGCAGGCGCUCGCACAGUACAGGCAGGUUGUAGGCAGCCACGAAAAUGGUGGAGGAGGAGGUUCAGCCACUGGCUCCACAGAGGCACCAGUGUGCCGGCCAGCCCCAAGACGCAUGAAGAGCUACACACUGAUCGACUUUUCUGAGCUGGAGGUGACACCGCCGUCUCCUACAGAGCACCUGGCGGACACAACCCCUGCCUCCCGGCACGGCAGCACCACCUCCGCCUGCCUGCUCGACGAGGAGUUCAAGUUGUUAGGUCUCAGCAACUCUCCUGUUGUACAGAACACCCCACCUGAUUUUGGAUUGGCAGAGACUGCUGUACAGAAUGGAUAUGGAGAAAUUGUGAGCGCUGCUCAAACGCUGGGACUGCGGGAGAGCUGGGAAGACAGCUCUUCAGAGAAGAAUGAAUGUCAGGGCCUGGUGGGCCAGCUCUCUCCACCAUCUAGGACCAAGAUAUCCUUGGAUUUAUCACCAAUGAAAUCGCCCUUUCCAGAUCUUCCAAAUAGCUCAAUGCCAGACACUCCGUUCUCCAGCCUAGGCUACGAGCUGAAGCCUGCUGCCUCUUCGCACGCAGCUUCCCACGAUGCUUCUCUAGAAAACCUUUUUGUCCCUUUAAGUUCAAUUACACCAAGCAGCACCUGUCCACUCACUGUGUUCGAUAGGAACGGUUUCAAGGCCAUGCUCCACUUCUCCAGAGACCCAGCUCCUGGCCGACCAGACGUGCUGGUGAUGGUGCUUUCCAUGCUGAGCACCUCAGCUCAGCCAAUUAAGGACAUAGUGUUCCAGGCUGCAGUCCCCAAGACCAUGAAAAUAAAGUUACAGCCAGCCUCUGGUUCUGAGCUGCCUGCCUUCAGCCCCUUACUGCCCCUCGCCGUGGUGUCCCAGGUCCUGCUGCUCGCCAACCCGCACAAGGAUCCCAUCCGGCUGAGAUACAAAAUGACGUUCACGCAAGGCGCGCAGCCCUUCAGCGAGGUGGGAGAGGUGACUGGCUUCCCAGAAACAGAGCUCUGGGGCAAGAGCUGA